GAGGAAAUGGAAAAAGAAAAAGGAAUGACAAUAGUUGAAGAGAGAGACAAGAAGUUUACAGUUUGUGAAGGUGGUGAUGCAGAUCUUCGUGGAGAAGGAGUAUUAAAAGAACAAGAAUUAUUUAAAUUUUCUA